CGGGACUACAUCAGCAAUCGCAGCCACAUUUCACUCUCUGUUUCCUUCGUGUGAAAUCCACUCUAUACCGCAGUGGUUGGUAUUGGUCCAAACCCAACCACCCUCUUGUGGCUCUCCAUCCAUAUUCUGAGUCGGACUCCAAAAACACCCAGCAUAAAAUACUCACCAAACACCCUUCCCCUCUUUCAAGCCAGAAAGUUGUGGUCUUUUCAUACGAAAUGCCCACUUGUGUUCUGGUUUGAUUGCUGGAGUUGGGAUUUCAUCAAUUUCGAUUCUUUUGUGUUGCUUCGUGAGAAUCGGCUCUGAUGGCAGACAUUGCUAAGGAUCUGGCUGCUGGGACUGUUGGAGGAGCAGCACAGUUGAUUGUUGGACAUCCGUUUGAUACGAUUAAGGUCAAGCUUCAAAGCCAGCCUGCUCCUCUUCCUGGGCAACCACCAAAGUAUGCUGGUGCUAUGGAUGCUGUCAGGCAAACUUUAGCUGCUGAAGGUCCAAGGGGUUUGUAUAAGGGCAUGGGAGCUCCGCUGGCCACCGUGGCAGCCUUCAAUGCUGUCCUCUUUUCAGCAAGAGGGCAAAUGGAGGCAUUGUUGAGAUCACAACCUGGUGCUCCCCUCACAGUUAACCAGCAGAUUGUUUGUGGUGCUGGGGCUGGAAUUGCUGUCUCCUUCCUAGCUUGCCCCACCGAGCUAAUCAAAUGCAGGUUGCAAGCGCAGAGUGCAUUGGCAGGUUCUGGCACAGCUGGUGUGGCAGUGAUGUAUGGAGGACCACUUGAUGUUGCCAAGCAUGUUCUCAAGUCAGAAGGGGGGACAAGAGGACUCUUCAAGGGCCUGGUUCCCACCUUGGCACGCGAGGUUCCUGGAAAUGCUGCUAUGUUUGGUGUGUAUGAAGCAGUGAAACAAUCCAUGGCUGGAGGGCAGGAUACUUCCAAGUUAGGAAGAGGCUCUCUGAUUAUUGCUGGAGGCCUGGCUGGAGCUUCCUUUUGGUUUUCUGUCUACCCAACUGACGUUGUCAAGAGCGUGAUCCAGGUAGACGACCACAAGAACCCCAAAUUCUCCGGGUCCAUUGAUGCAUUUAGAAAGAUCCUUCGUUCAGAAGGUGUCAAAGGCCUAUACAGGGGUUUUGGCCCUGCCAUGGCCAGAAGUGUCCCAGCCAAUGCAGCAUGCUUCUUGGCAUAUGAGGUGACCAGGUCUAGUUUAGGGUGAAAGAUUUAGACAUUUCCAAGACAUUGGUUUGUAAUUUCCUCUUGAAAAUUGCUGUUAACUUUCAUCAAAAUCCUGCAAGAAGCAUAGUUUCAUACAUUACCAAAUUUACAUUCCAUUUUUUUCUCAGAACUUAUAUUUUUUAGCGGAAAAUUUGGAUUUCAUU